AUGCUCUUUUAUUCAUUCUUCAAGACGCUCGUCGAUCAAAAAGUCACCGUCGAACUCAAGAACGAUUUGGCGAUUACGGGCACACUAAAGUCGGUCGAUCAGUUCCUUAACAUAAAGUUGGAUGAUAUCAUGGUUGUCGAUGAGGAGCGAUAUCCACAUAUGGCCUCUGUCAAGAAUUGUUUCAUCCGAGGAUCGGUUGUGAGAUACGUGCAACUUCCGCCACAAGCUGUUGAUACUGCCCUUCUUCAAGAUGCUGCACGACGUGAAGCUGCUCAACCCACCGCUGCUCAACAAAGCAAUGUCCGCGUCAAAUAA